AUAAUGUUCCGGCAGGUAUCGUUCUCUCUGUACAUGUUGGUUAGCGUGAUAGUGCUGAUCAAUCUGUUGAUCGCGAUGAUGUCCGACACGUACCAGAACAUCCAGUCGCAGAGCGACAUCGAGUGGAAGUACGGGCUUAGCAAGCUCAUUCGCAAAAUGCAGAAAACAAAAACAGCACCGUCACCGUUGAACCUAUUUUCCUCUUGGAUCACGUACAUCGUCAGAUUUUGCACGGCGCAACGACGUCGUGAGCGCAAGACGCGCGCGAUGCGCUUAUUCGCAAGCCAUCCGUUCCUUCAGGAUAACGGAAUAUCACCGCAACAACACGACGCCAUCAAUUUUCCUCUACUUAGAUCUAGCCCAUUGGAAAGUCAAUUAUCUCUGAAGGAUUCGACGAGGAUCGAGAACGUUGUCGAAUGGGACUUGGUGAGACGGAAGUAUAGAGCGCUGUUCGGGAACGAGACGGAGAAACCUCUUUCAGAAGACUCAUCCGCGAUCAACGAUAAUUUCUAACUGUUUUUUAUACACCAUUUUCCUGAUAAUUAGGAACACUGUAGAGCCGCAAUUGUGUACUUCGUCACAGAUAUUCUUUAUACCUUCUAUUUUAUAUCUGUUUUUAUCUUACUACUACUGUAUCGAAUUUCUACCGCUUCGUUUAAGUCUCUAAUCAAAUACAAAUUAAUCUUAAAGUUCCUAUAAUCCUAUUCGUGUAAGAUAAAACUGAGGACAGAGGAGAUCUGUGCAAAAAAAUAAAUGUAUUUAACAAACGUAAA